GUUCGAGCUGAACUGGAGGGAGUCCUGAGCUAGCAGGUAUGCAGCUAACGAGUUAGCUUCACUUAUCUGAAAACAACCGGCUCCGCUUCACAAACAAGGCCGCUCCGAGACCUGACAGCCCCAGCUGGUGCCACAGAAGCGCUUCACAAUGGAUUUAGAUGACGACACUUCUGUGAUAACGACCCUCAAGUCCUUCAACUCCUUCAUCAGCCGGCCCGAGCACCCUCAGCGGCUGUCAGAGAGCUCAGCAGGGGGUGCACAGCUGCAGAGCCAGUACAAACGCAGCAUGGAGCUUUUGGAAGCUGCGGAGAGGGUUCAGUCCAAGAACCGCUACCUGCAGCUGGACCAGGAGAAGAAACGGAUGGAGCUGAGUCACAAACGGGCUCGUGUUGAACUGGAGAAGGAAGCUUCUGACCAAGCACGGAAUUUAGAGCAUGAAUUGGAGCGAAAUCAGCAGCUUCUGGGGCAAAUAAAAAGGUUGGAGGAAAGAGAGAUGGAGGGGGUGAAGAACUUGUCAGAACAGGUGGAGGCCAAUCGUGCUCUUCGGAAGAACCUGGAGGGUCUGAGCAAGAAACUGGAUGAGCGAGAUGCAAAACUAAAUACAGCAAAUCUGACUAUCAGCUCUUUGAAGGAUGAGAUCAUAGAGCUGAAGCAGAAGAUCCAAAACCAAGGGUCGAAAAUUUCCAUGCAAACCCUGGAAAACCAGGAGCUUCAGGAGCAGCUGGACGUACAGCGCAGGAAGUAUCAGGAAGUCUCACAACUUUGCCAGAGUCUCCAAGCUGCACAGUCUACUUGCUCGGAGCACAUAAUCAAGAUUAAGGAGUUAGAGAGGCGCCUUGUCCUUCAGGAGCAGGACAUCUCCAUCGUCAAGACUGUGAAGUCUGACCUGGCCAAAGUUCCUGAACUGGAGAAGGAGCUGAAGCGCCUCCGGGAAGAUAACACAUUCCUCAGAGAGAACAGAGAGAAUUGCAGCCUGUUGAAAGAGGAGGUGGAGGGACUGCGGAGGAAGCUGGAGAGGAUGGAGAAAAGCAAGGAAGAACUGGUUAAUAUGGAGCUUGAGAAAGAGAGGCUGGCUGAGAAGCUCCUGGCCUGGGAGAACCUGGGGCAGUCGACUGGACUCAACAUCAGGAAACCAGAGGAUCUGUCCAGGGAGGUGAUUCAGAUCCAGCAGAGGGAAAUUGCUCUGAAAGAGCAGAACUACACACUGAACAGCCGGGCGAGGAGCGUGGAGCAGGCUCAGUCCGAGCUCCGCGCCCAGCUGACCCAGCAGCGCGGCAAGACCCUGGAGGAGCAGAAGAAGCGAGAGGCGCAGGACAGCCUCGUCCGCCGACUGCAGAAGCGAGUGCUCAUGCUAACCAAGGAGCGCGACGGGUUGCGGGCCAUCCUGGAGUCCUACGACAGCGAGCUCUCGCACACCGAGUACUCUCCUCAACUCGGCAAGCGAGUCCGAGAGGCGGAGGAGGUGCUGCAGAGGACGCAGAGCCACCAUGUAGAGAUGGAGGCCCAGCUGACCAAAGCACAGGAGGAAACGGGGGCUGUGAAACUGCAGCUGCAAAGAGCGGAGCUGGAGCUGGAGUCUCUGAAGAGUCAGCAGGCCGCGGCCGCGGACGGAGGCUCGUCGGCGACCAAAGAGGAGGUCAACAUCCUCAGACAGAAAAUUGAAGAUUUGGAGACGGAGCGCCAGCGAUUGGAGGAGCAGAAUAACAUCUUGGAGAUGAGACUGGAGAGACACAACCUACAGGGAGACUACGAUCCCGUCAAAACCCGAGUGCUCCACCUCAAAAUGAACCCGACCGCUGUUGCCAAGCAACAGCGCCAGCAGGAAGUGGAGGCUCUCCAUGAAGAGGUGACCUGUCUCCGGGAGCUGGUGCGCUCCCUGCAGGGUGGGGGCGCCGCGUCGCGGCUGCACGACGACUCCAGCAUCCACGUCCCGAACCUCAGCCUGAGUCUACCGCCUCCAAAGGAAGUGCUGGACCUGCGGAAGCAGAUAGAGAGCUCCGAGCUGAGGAACCAGAGGCUGAAGGAGGUGUUUCAGAAGAAGAUCCAGGAGUUCCGCACCGUCUGCUACGUCCUGACGGGCUACCAGAUAGAUAUAACCACCGAGAACCAGUACCGCCUCACCUCGGUGUUCGCCGAGCACAUGGACGACUCCCUGCUCUUCAAAAAGGGCUCCAACGGCAGCAUGCAGCUGAUGGAGACCGAGUUCUCCAAGACCCUGGGGGAGAUGGUGACGCUGCACCUGCACCACCAGAAGAGCAUCCCGGUGUUCCUGUCCGCCGUGACGCUGGAGCUGUUCGGCCGGCAGACCUCGGCCUGAAGCCUCCCAGGUGCUCAGACUGCAGACACCCCCCACCACCACCACCACCACCACCACCAUCAGACUCUUCUUUGCUUUAUCCUCCCCUCCCUCCACCACCCCUCCUCCACGUCCCAUGAAAUAUUUACAGAGCGUUCAGAAUGUCCUCGCGCUUCUCCACGGCGCUGACAUCUGAACAGAGCAGCGAGUCUUGUGUUGUGGAGGAAGAGCAGCCGCUCUGAUAGACAGCUUCUAUCUUUCAUCCAGACAGUUAAAAAAGCUUCUCGCUGCUCCUAUUUGUACCCUGAAUAUUUCAUCAAUAGACCUUGGGUGAGACAUUUCUUUGUCAACACAACAAAGUUGUCAUAAAAAUGUCACAAAAAGGAAACUUAUAUUUACAAUUCAAGUGUGGAUUUUUUUUUUUUUUUUUUUUUUUUUUUUUGUGUGGGGGCAUAAAAACAUCGCGCCAAGUUUAAUGUUUGCGUUCUUUUCUUUUGUCUGGAUAUUUCACCAUCCUCUCUCGGGUCUCAUAUGAAAACUUCUUGUACAGGUUUGUUGUGGGUACCGCUGAAUCAAAGACGGGGUAUUCACCACAUUACCAGCAGAUUUCUGUGCUUUUUUUCACUAUUUUGAUUUCAUUAAUCCUUCAGUAUUUUAGUUUAGUUUUAGUUUUUUUAGUAGUUUCUAAUCUAGUAACAUCAAAGAUGAUGGUUACAUUUUUUUCAAAGCAUCAAUUUUUCCUGUUUUUGUUUGAUUGUAAGUUUCAUUCGGAUGAAAUCAGAACUGGAAUCAUGACAAAUUAAUGAGAAACAUGAUUGGAUUGUGUGAAUGGAAAAAUUCAGUCUUUUUAAAUUUGUAUCUGAUUUACAAGCACACGAUGUGAAAAAUGAAAUAAAGUUUAGGCUUUUGCCAAACGUCAGCUGGCGGCGUUGAGGCCCUCUGGUCUAAGUGGACUUUGAGAGUUUCGGCUCUGUGUUGGGAGCUGCAGCGGUCCGGACUCGGUUCACUGGUAAAUGGAAUAAAUGAGCAGAGUGUCUUUAUUAAAACUGUCCCCGUUACAGUAUGUGGCGUAAAUAAUACAGAACUGAUCGCGAUGCUUCAAACUGGAAUCGUUUCUUUUUUUACUUUGUUUUGUGUUAUUUAGCUCAUUGCUGUUUUAUUCAGUUACCCUAAAUUAAAUUUAGCAUAUGCUAUGCUGGUGUAAUAAUUACCAAUAAUGGAUUAACGUCCAAUAAUGUCACCAUUUUGACCAUUUUAAAUGUAAUAAUCCUGAAUGAACUUUUUCCCCCAAUAUUUGAGUAAGUCAUUAUAUUGAAGCUUCAUCAAUUACACCUUAUGAUGAAUAGAACUGCACAUUUGGAAAUAAAAUAUUUCUGUGCACGUCUGUUUUCUAAAAUGGAUUUAAUGGAUAGAAAAGUUGUUAAAUUAAUUAAUUGAGAAUACAGACAAUGAAUCACUGUUUCUCAAUUAGGAUUGUAAUAUACAGAUGUUUAUUUUACUGUUUUAGGACAUUUCUGACGUUAUAUUAUUGGAAUUAUUACAUUAAAAUUGGCCAAAAGUACUAAGGCUGCUCCACACAUACAUUCAGGAUGACCAAAGCUGAUAGUUUCCAUUUCACUCAUGAUUCCAACAAAUGUGGCGACUCAGAAUUCACACAGCACGGGAGAAGGUUCAUUUUAAGCAUUUAUUGCAUCUAAAAAAAAAAAACAAAAAAAAGCACCUCUUCUGUUUUAAUCGUCUCGAAAACAGACGGGAGGAAUUUGAUUUCC